CUCGACAUAUUCAUCAUCACUUUGAACUAAUUAUGGGCGGCAAAGGUGGUGGAGGCGGAGGCGGAGGCGGAGGCAAAGGUGGUGGAGGCGGUGGCGGCAAAGGUGGUGGUGGAGGCGGUGGCGGCAAAGGUGGUGGUGGAGGCUGUGGCGCCAAAGGUGGUGGUGGAGGCUGUGGCGCCAAAGGUGGAGGUGGAGGUGGAGGUGGCUCCUCAAAGGGCGGUGGCAAUGGUGGCAUGAUGGUUGCCCCUGGUAGUGGAGGAGGAGCACACAUUUCAAGGGGUACUUUUGAGAGCAACCCGCAGGGCUAUUUUGCUGGCUUGCAUGCCGGUGAAAAGGGAAAUAAAUAAAUAGAUGCAAUAUUAAUGCUAAUAUUGCUGCUGUUUUGGGCAGUUUUCUCAGUGAAAUAUUGCUUCAUGUACGUACUGCUUUAUGAGCGCAGGUUAUUAUGAUCUAAUAAAUUUAUAAACUAAGAAUCUGGCCUGCUUAAAUAUU